CCCAAGCCCUCCAGCCAUCUUGAGGGUUCCCGGGUUUCCUCCCCCGCAGUAGGGGUCCUCCUAAGCCCGGGCAGGGGCGGGGCAGGGCGGGGCGGGGCCUCCCUCUCCCCCCCACCCCGGGGAGGGGUCUCCCCGCCCCUUCGGAUUCAGCCAAGCGGAGAUGAAACCUGAACCCAGGUUGGGGGCGGGGCUGGCUCCCACUCCGACCGGGCUGGCCUGCUCCUUCAUCUCCCCUUUCCCUGCACCCCAGCCGUCUUCUGAGAGAGUAAGGUCGGGAUCCCCAAGCCGCUGGAGCAGGGCCCGCGAUGGAGCCCACAGCCCGGGGUCGCGCCCCGCCGUGAGCACCUGCUGCCCACAGCCAUGCUGCCCCGAGGGCGCCCCCGGGCGCUGGGGGCCGCAGCGCUGCUGCUGCUGCUGCUUCUGAUCGGUUUCCUCCUGUUCCGUGGGGACCUGGACUACGAGCGGCCGCGGCCGCGGGGGACUGCUGCUUUCGACGGAGACCCGCCGGCAGACCCCGGGGGCCGCAACGGCUCGGAUUGCACCCCGCCGCGGCCGCGGCCGCCCAAGUGCGAGCUCUUGCAGGUGGCUAUCGUGUGUGCGGGUCAUAACUCCAGCAGAGACGUCAUCACCCUGGUGAAGUCCAUGCUUUUCUACAGGAAAAAUCCACUGCACCUCCACUUGGUGACUGACGCCGUGGCCAGGAACAUCCUGGAGACGCUCUUUCACACAUGGAUGGUGCCUGCUGUCCGGAUCAGCUUCUACAACGCUGAUGAGCUCAAGCCCCAGGUCUCCUGGAUACCCAACAAGCACUACUCUGGCCUCUAUGGGCUAAUGAAGCUAGUGCUGCCCAGCGCCCUGCCCCCUGACCUGGCCCGUGUCAUUGUCCUGGACACAGAUGUCACCUUUGCCUCCAACAUUGCAGAGCUCUGGGCACUCUUUGCUCACUUUUCUGACAAACAAGUGAUUGGUCUCGUGGAGAACCAGAGCGACUGGUACCUCGGCAACCUCUGGAGGAAUCACAGGCCCUGGCCUGCCUUGGGCCGGGGAUUUAACACAGGCGUGAUCCUGCUGCGGCUGGACCGGCUCCGGCAGGCUGGCUGGGAGCAGAUGUGGAAGCUGACAGCCACGCGGGAGCUUCUCACCCUGCCUGCCACCUCACUGGCUGACCAGGACAUCUUCAAUGCCAUAAUCAAGGAGCACCCGUGGCUGGUGCGGCCCCUGCCCUGCGUCUGGAACGUGCAACUGUCAGACCACACGCUGGCUGAGCGCUGCUACUCAGAGGCGUCUGACCUCAAGGUGAUCCACUGGAACUCACCAAAGAAGCUUCGCGUGAAGAACAAGCAUGUGGAAUCCUUCCGCAACCUCUACCUGACCUUCCUGGAGUACGAUGGGAACCUGCUGCGGAGAGAGCUCUUUGGGUGCCCCCGCCCGCCCCCUCCUGGGGCCGAGCAGUUGCAGCGGGCCCUGGCGCAACUGGACGAGGGGGACGCAUGCUUUGAGUUCCGGCGGCAGCAGCUCACUGUGCACCGUGUGCACAUCACCUUCCUGCCCCACAAGCCACCGCCCCCCCAGCCCCACGAUGUCACCCUGGUGGCCCAGCUCUCCAUGGACCGGCUGCAGAUGCUGGAAGCCCUGUGCAGGCACUGGCCGGGCCCCAUGAGCCUGGCCUUGUACCUGACAGACGCAGAGGCCCAGCAGUUUCUGCGUUUCGUGGAGACCUCGGUGGUGCUCUCCGCCCGGCAGGAUGUGGCCUACCACGUGGUGUACCGUGAAGGUCCCCUCUACCCCAUCAACCAGCUUCGCAACGUGGCCUUGGCCCAGGCCCUCACGCCUUACGUCUUCCUCAGUGACAUUGACUUCCUGCCUGCCUACUCCCUCUACGACUACCUCAGGGCCUCCAUCAAGCAGCUGGAGCUGGGCAGCGGGCGGAAGGCAGCUCUGGUGGUGCCCGCAUUUGAGACGCUGCACUACCGCUUCAGCUUCCCCAGUUCCAAGGCCGAACUGCUGGCCUUGCUGGACGCUGGGUCUCUCCACACCUUCAGGUACCAUGAGUGGCCCCGGGGUCACGCGCCCACAGACUAUGCCCGCUGGCGAGAGGCUCAGGCCCCAUACCACGUGCAGUGGGCAGCCGACUACGAGCCCUAUGUGGUGGUGCCACGUGACUGCCCCCGCUACGACCCCCGCUUUGUGGGCUUCGGCUGGAACAAGGUGGCCCACGUCGUGGAGCUGGAUGCACAGAGCUGCCAUCUCCCCCCAGCCCAGGCAACGACUGUCCGCGUGCCCCACUCCCCCAGGAAUACGAGCUGCUGGUGCUGCCCGAGGCCUUCAUCAUCCACCUGCCGCACGCCCCAAGCCUGGACAUCUCCCGCUUCCGCUCCAGCCCCACCUAUCGUGACUGCCUCCAGGCCCUCAAGGACGAGUUCCACCAGGAUCUGUCCCGCCACUAUGGGGCUGCUGCCCUCAAAUACCUCACUGCCCUGCAGCAGCCCCGAGGCCCCACCUGACCUCACACCUGCCCCCGGCACACUCCCUGCUGACACUGGAGCAACCUUGCUGCCGCCCCACCCUCCCUGCUAUUUAAAUUAUUUAUGGUCUCGGUGGGAAGGGCUGGGACGGGGCCUCCCUUCGCUGCUAUCCUAUGGCUGGGGUCUAGUGCUCCUCUGCCCCAGCUGGUUUGGGGCUGGUUCCUGCAUCCUCACCUGUGACAUCCCUUUUUCACAAGUAAAGUUUUAACAGUUCCUUUUCAUGUUCCUCUUGGUUUGGGGCAUGAGGAAGUGAGCCUGGGGAGGUGCUGAAUCUGGCACGGAGGCCGGGACUGGAGUGUGUCCUGUCUACCCUCCCCUGCCCCAAACCCAACACCAUGAGUCUCAGAGACUUUAUUUGGCUUUAUUUAGUAAAAUGUUAAAAUAAAUAAAUACAAAUUGA